UGCGGCGUUUUCUUCCGCGCGUUUGCCUCUGCAACAUAGUAGCCGUCGGCUGCAAGGCGCACCGUUUAGUAAAAAGAUAAAAGAACCCAGCAGCACCUGCUGAGUCCUGCGCGCGAGUCGCCAAUUAAUCUUUUCGACAUCUGGAUUCCGCCGCGCCGUCGCCGAGUUUGGGUCCUCAUCUCCACUCGGUUUAAUUCCUUACCAGUACGGUUAUUUGUAAGAUGUUGCAGUGUAUGAGAGAGUCAAGAAAAUUAUGGUAUGAUGCUGUUAAAACCGAUCAAUGUUUACUCAGAUUCUAAAUUAGACGGUCCAUCUCGCAUCACCAACCCUCAGUCUCAGGUAAUAUGACGCCCUGCCUUUGCUUUUUUCAUAUUUGAACUGUUUCCUCUAUAAGGGUUUAGUUAGAUUAUUCACUUGCAUAUAUUCAGCUUAGCAUUCCAAGUGUUUGCUAAAAUGCCAAAGUUGAUUUUAGUUUGAACACUUUGUUGGUCAGAUUUAUUUUGUAUUAUCUAAUUUAGCUUUGUAAAUAAGAAUUGGGAAAUGAAGAGAAAUGAGAAAAGCUUAGUUCUUUAUAAUAAAACUAAUUUCAAUGAAUGCAACAACUCCAUAAUGAGGGUGAAAAUGAAAUUAGAAGUGAGAACAGUGAAGAGAUUUGGUGAAAUUUGUAAGAUUUUUUAGUGUUGGUGAAAUUUUGUCUUUUUAGUUCUUUUUCUUUGUUGUAUUGACUUUUUGAAUAAUAGUUUCAUGUACUAGUAUGCCAUGCUUCAAGAUGCCAAGUAUGGUCAAGUUUUCAUGUGUUUAGGCUUGCACAAAACUCAAGUAUUUCUUCCUAGGAUUCAUGUUAUAAUAUUAUCCUCUCACCCUGUGCUUUGCAUGCUUGAGGCCUUUUCAACAGAACCGAAGUUUGAGAAAACUGUUGGAAUCAGUGGAGUGGGGAAUAAAUUUUAAAACUCAAAGUGUGUUUUUAAUUCGUAUAGGGGAGCAGCUCCUUUCAGUUUUUUUACGCUCUCAUCUUCUUAUUCUUCACUUUUCGGGGUCCAGUCAUUAGUUCAAGAACUCGAAGUCCAGAAUUGCUUCAAUGACUCCGGUUCCAUGCUUUCUAUUUAAUAAUCUUCAAUCUGCAGAGCAUCAAUUCUUUAAAUGAUGGAAUCGCCUCUCACCUCACACUCUCUGAUGCAUAAGGGUUCCAUAAGAAGCAGAGGAAACUAUAUUUAAGGUGUUCUGUUUUCUGCUGAUAAUUUGGGCCUCCAAAUGUGCCUAACAAAGCCAUGGCUUUAUUUCUCUACGUUUAUGUGUUAGUGAGAAUCCACGAUUGCUAUUUUUGUCUUUCUGGAAUACGCAGGUGACAAAGGAAAAAGAAAGCAAACAAAUCACCCUUUGGGAUACUUUUGGGUUGUUUCUGACUGGAAUUGGGGCACCUGACAUCAUCUUCUUCACUUGUUAACCGCGCCUCUUCUUCGCACAGCCGCUGUCUGCAACUGCAGAUUCGCAGCAGCUGCAAGCGCAAUAUCGCGAGCGUAUCGUGACCGUAUCAAUGGAGUAUCGGAGCCGUAUCGUAAGGUCAACAUCUUAGAAAAGUCUACGAUACGCCAAGUGUCGUAUCGGUGCCGUAUCGUAUCGGCUCCGUAUAAGCUCCGAGCAACAGAGUGCCUUACUAUCUCAGUUACGUAUAGAUAUGGGUUUCCUUCAAUCUCAAUGACCGGAACCUUACUCGGCCAUUUAUUGCAACAGAUAAUCAAAGAUGCCCCGUAAACCGGUGAGGCAUCGCCGAUUGAUGAAAUAUCAACCUCUGACUUUUUCCCCAUUUGCUCGUCAAGUCGCUCGGGUUGCCUCCAGCUGCAUGUCCAGCCGCCAAAUGCACGGCCCAGACCUCCCGAAAAAAUCUCAACCUAACUCCGCAGGUAAUGGAUCGAGAAAGAACACUUUAAAAGUCAAGAAUGAACACUCCGAGUCUUCUGAUGAAGAAGAGUUUGAUGGAACUGUGCAAGCAGAUUUUGCUUUCUUUGAUCCAAAACCUGAUGACUUUCACGGAUUGAAGACCUUGCUACAGACCUACCUUGAUGAUACAGAAUGGGAUUUGAGUGGUUUUGUAGACUUAAUUUUGGAACAGACCACUGUAGGAACUGUUGUUAAAAUAGAGGAUGAUGAAGACAAUGGAAUUUUUGCUCUUGCUACUGCCCUUAACUUGGGCAGAUAUAAGGACCACAAAUGUUUUAUGGAGGUUAAGGAGUUUCUCCUUAAGGUAUCUCAAGAGAAGGAUGUAAUAGAUGACCUGCGAUCACUUUUGGGAAAGGAAGCAGAGAGUGUCGGUCUCUUGGUCUCUCAACGGGUGAUGAAUUUACCUCCACAGCUCUUGCCACCUCUUUAUGAUGCGCUCUUUGAUGAAGUCUCUUGGGCUACAGAAGAUGAGCCAACAGAGGAGCUCCGCAAUUUCUUUCGUUUUAAGUUUUACAUAAUAGUCAGUAAAGUUUACAAGCACAAAAAUGCACACCAGAAAAAGGGCACGAGUGCUAGUGACGAGGAAAUAAUAUAUAUAAAGCCAGAAGAUGAAAUUUUUCACGAGCUAAGCUCCUGGUCGUUUGAAUUUUCUUUGCACACUCAGCAGCUUGCAACUCAUGAGCUGAGAGACUAUCGGCAAAUGGGGUUAGUCAUGGCGGUUAAAGCAGACAAGAUCCCUGCAUUUCGACAGCAGUUAAAAUCUUUCGUAGAGGGAUCAUGAUGCUAAUCGAAAGGUGUUGCAGGUGCCAAAUUUUGAUUUAUAUUUGAAGGCAUUAGGACAUUCACGUGGUGAAGGUUUUGGAAGCGCUCGUUGGUCCCAAAUGGUCCCUCAAAAGAUUCAUCGAAAAAGCAGAGCAAGGAAAGGUACAGAAAUAUUGUAUUGAGGAACGUGUCAUGGACCAUCAUAAGCUAUUAUCUCCCAGAUUCUAUGUGAACCAGAAGGGAAAAUAGAGAGAGAGUUUGAAACCAUCCAAAAGAAGUGGAACUUUACGUAUGAGGCCAAAGAAGAGCACCAUUAUCUUAUAAUAUUUGUGAUUUUAAAUUUUGUGUGGCGA